GCCGGAGCUGCGGCCGGCCCGGGGACACGCGUACCCGCCCGCACCGGGAGCCUGACAAGGAAUUUUAAACUUGUUUCAGGAAUACGGAACACUUUAUAUUCAGGAAUACAAGAAAAACAGCAAAGUGGAGUCAAGUGCAUGCAGCAGCUUCAUGGGCUUGAAGGAUCAUCUGGGGCAUGACUUAGGCCACCUUUAUGUGGGGAGCACUGGCACACAAAUAAAUGCAAUUGUACCUUGGUCGAUGGCGGAGAAGCCAACGAUGGAUAAGGUUAAUUCUAGGAAAGAAGACAGAGAAAAGGAGACAUCUGAAGAGACUUCUGGAAGCUCCAGCUGUGACUCCGAAGAAAGCACAAAUUCUGAUAAUGAUUCAGAGAGACUGAAUAAUUCUGCAUCGGAGUCACAUUUAUUGCCUAAGACUCAUCGACAGCUGUGCCGAUCUCCUUGCUUAGAGCCUCAUAUACUAAAAAGAAAUGAGAUCUUGCAAGACUUUAGGAUAGAAGAGGCUCAGAUAGUACCUAAGGAAGUCAAAAAGCCUCCUGAUGUGGUGAAAGAAUAUCAAACCAAACUGGAGUUUGCACUUAAGUUGGGUUACUCUGAAGAGCAGGUUCAACUUGUACUAAAUAAACUUGGUACUGAUGCUUUAAUAAAUGAUAUUUUGGGAGAACUUGUCAAACUUGGGAAUAAAACUGAGACUGAUCAGACUGUAACUAAUGCUAACACUAGUGUAAUGCGUGAAGCGUCUUCCAUAGAGUCUCAGAGGUCAGAGUCUCCACUGCAGGAGGAUGUGACAGAGGAUGGAGACAACCUGAGGCCAAUAGUUAUUGAUGGCAGCAAUGUUGCAAUGAGCCAUGGGAACAAAGAAGUAUUUUCUUGUCGAGGAAUCAAAUUGGCAGUAGAUUGGUUUUUGGAAAGAGGCCACAAGGAUGUUACUGUGUUUGUGCCAGCGUGGAGGAAAGAGCAGUCAAGACCAGAUGCUCUUAUAACAGAUCAAGAAAUCUUGCGUAAAUUGGAGAAGGAAAAGAUUCUUGUGUUCACUCCGUCGCGGCGCGUGCAGGGGAGAAGGGUGGUGUGCUACGAUGACCGAUUCAUAGUGAAGUUGGCCUUCGAGUCAGAUGGCAUCAUUGUCUCCAAUGAUAACUACAGGGAUCUAGCUAAUGAAAAGCCAGAAUGGAAGAAGUUCAUAGAUGAACGCUUGUUGAUGUAUUCUUUUGUUAAUGACAAAUUUAUGCCUCCUGAUGAUCCUCUUGGCCGCCAUGGUCCAAGUCUGGACAAUUUUCUUAGGAAGAAGCCUAUUGUGCCAGAGCAUAAGAAGCAACCAUGUCCAUAUGGGAAGAAAUGUACCUAUGGACACAAAUGCAAAUACUAUCAUCCAGAAAGAGGAAAUCAGCCUCAGCGAUCCGUAGCUGAUGAACUCCGUGCCAUGUCUAGAAGCACAGCUGCCAAAACUACGAGUGAAGGAGGACUGGUAAAAAGCAAUAGCGUUCCCUGUAGCACUAAAAGCGAGGGCACUUCAGAGCUGAAGCGCGCUGCUCCAAAGAGGCAAUCGGAUCCUAGUAUAAGGACUCAAGUCUAUCAGGACUUGGAGGAAAAGCUUCCCACCAAAAACAAAUUGGAAACCAGGUCUGUACCUUCUUUAGUUAGCAUACCAAGUUCCUCUGCUGGAAAACCCCAAAGUACUGCACCUUUAACUAACGGCCUUCCAUCCGGAGUUCACUUCCCACCUCAGGAUCAAAGACCACAGGGACAGUAUCCCACAGUGAUGAUGGCAACCAAAAAUCAUGGAACACCAAUGCCUUAUGACCAGUAUCCAAAAUGUGAGUCUCCGGUGGACGUAGGGUAUUACUCUAUGCUGAGUGCAUAUUCAAAUCUCAGCAUAUCGGGACCGCGUAGUCCCGAGAGGCGCUUCUCCCUGGACACAGAUUAUCGGAUUAGCUCCGUAGCUUCCGACUGCAGCAGCGAGGGGAGCGUCAGCUGUGGCAGCAGCGAUUCCUACGUGGGUUACAGCGACCGCUCCUACAUGAGUUCUCCUGACCCGCAGCUGGAGGAGAACUUGAAGUGCCAGCACAUGCACGCCCACGGCCGCCUUAAUGCUCAGCCCUUCCUGCAGAGCUACCACGAGCCCCUGGCUCGAGUGCAGAGCUACAGUCACGAAGAACCAAAGCACCACCACAAAUCUCCCAUCCCGUACAUGGCUGUGCAUCUGCAGCACGCAGCAGUCGGGGCUCGCUCCAGCUGUCCCAACGAGUACUCCGCGCCUCAGAGCUCGCCUCAUUCGAAGGCGCUGCACCUGGGGAGAGCCCUGGUGUCCACGAGGAUAGACAGCAUCUCAGAUUCGCGCCUGUACGAAAACUCCCCCUUAAGACACAGGAAGCCUUACUCUGGCCAGGAAGGGCUGGGAGGCUGGGAUAGGCAGAGUUACGGCAUGGAUGCCUACGGCUACCGCCAGACGUACUCCUUGCCCAGCAACCCCACGCAGCCGUGCUACGAGCAGUUCGCCUUCCAAAGCCUUCCUGAGCAGCAGGAGCAGCCCUGGCGCGUCCCUUACUGUGGAAUCCCCCCGCAAGACCCCCCAAGGCUCCAAGACACCCGGGAGAAGGUUUACAUUAACCUCUGCAACAUCUUCCCCCCCGAUCUCGUGCGCAUGGUGAUGAAGAAGAACCCUCACGUGACGGACGCUCAGCAGCUCGCUGCUGCCAUCUUAGUGGAGAAAUCUCAGCUAGGUUAUUGAGAGAUGACGCAUCUUUGUGGUGUCUCGUAGUUUUCAGCUCAGCUCUAAGGCUGAGGGAGGUUUGCUACAAUAGCAUUUGGGAUCUCCUUCUCAGCAAGGAGGUUAUAUAGUAAUCCGUUUAUGUGAAAUACUGUAUCAUGGAGUCUGUAUGUAUAGCCCCAUGCAUUGGAAGUACCAGAUAAGUUUUGUGUUCUAGUUUGAAAAUUUUUAAAUGGCUAUUUUCACACCUGGAGGAUGUUCCAGUUUAAAUUAAUAUAUAUAUAUAUAUUAAAAAAAAAUCUGUGGUCUCUGGUUAUAA